UAGUUGAAGAGGUUCAGGUUAAAUCCCGCUAAAUGGGAAAAGUACGCCACCUGCUGUUGUAAAUGUGUACCUGCACUGAAUGGUAGACGCAAAGGACUAUGGGUAAUCCUGAACGCAACGGAGGAUUUACUGAAAGACAGAGCAUGCGCAGUUGUCCGCAAGAUGACCCAUUCUUCUAUGUUGUCCUUUGUCAUAAAUGCAGGUAUGUUACAGUAUGUUCUAUAGAGUGUGAUACUAUUUUAAACAUGCUAAUGUAGUGUUUUCUACAGUCUACAUGUUUACUCAGUUAUAGAAUUGUUAUUAUAAAAUGAAAAAAGGUAACAGUUCAGUGUGAGAAAUCUGUAUAAAUAUAUUUUUGGUUAUAUAUACUUUUGUAAUUCUCCUCAUACAAUUAAGAGAGACAAUUUAUGUUCUAUUUCGGCUAUUUUAUUUACAUGAAAUUAAACCCACUAUACGAUCACUGUGAUCACUGUAUCAAUGUCACCACUGUGUUAGUGUAUUUCAAAAUGGGUAAUCCUGAACGCAACGGAGGAUUUACUGAAAGACAGAGCAUGCGCAGUUGUCCGCAAGAUGACCCAUUCUUCUAUGUUGUCCUUUGUCAUAAAUGCAGAUGUGGAAUAAACCUGCUGUUACCACAAGUCUGACCAGCUCCAGGAGAUUCAUUUAGCCCGGAGACAUCUCACAGAGAUUUUCACCUUUCAAAAAAAUUACAUCUAUGUGACGGAAUCAGUCCACAUAUGUUCCUGUCAUAAGUAUGGAGCUGCAGAAGCUAUCGAAUGGAAAUCACCACCAUGACGCUGCUGUGCCUGUGGAGGGAGGAAUGGCACCAGAGGAAGAAAAGUUCCUGCAGCAGAGUGAUGGAUCAAAGAGACCUCAGUUCACAGAUUUUGAGGGUAAAACCUCCUUUGGGAUAUCCGUCUUCAACCUGAGCAACGCCAUCAUGGGCAGCGGCAUACUGGGUCUGUCGUACGCCAUGUCCAACACCGGCAUCGUCCUUUUCCUGAUCCUGCUGACAUGUAUCGCCUGUCUGUCCUGUUAUUCCGUCCAUCUGCUCCUACGCAGUGCUGGAGUUGUGGGUAUUCGUGCCUACGAGCAGCUUGGCCUGAGAGCUUUUGGUCAUCCAGGGAAGAUCAUAGCAGCUGUCAUCAUCACGCUACAUAACAUUGGAGCCAUGUCCAGCUACCUGUUCAUAGUCAAAUCUGAGUUACCGCUUGUAAUCCAAGCCUUUCUUGGCCAGACAUCCAGCACUGGUGACUGGUUCAUGAAUGGAAACUACCUGAUCAUCAUCGUCACUAUCUGCAUCAUCUUCCCACUGGCCCUGAUGAAACACCUGGGGUAUCUUGGUUAUACCAGUGGCUUCUCUCUGUCCUGCAUGGUCUUCUUCCUCUCUGCGGUCAUCUACAAGAAAUUCAACAUUGCUUGCCCUCUGGAAGUGUUUGGCAACUACUCUGUGAACACAGCCGCCUCAGAGGACACAUGCGCUACCAAAUUCUUCACCAUCAACCAAGAGACGGCGUAUACCAUCCCGAUCCUGGCAUUUGCUUUUGUAUGUCACCCUGAAGUGCUUCCCAUCUACACAGAACUGAGCAAUCCAACCAAGAGAAGAAUGCAGAACAUUGGCAACGUUUCCAUCCUGGGCAUGUUCAUCAUGUACUUCUUCACCGCCACAUUUGGCUAUCUGACCUUCUACGAGAACACUGAAGCAGAGCUCCUCCAUACCUACAGUAAGGUGGACCCUCUGGACACUCUGAUCCUGUGUGUUCGUCUCGCCGUCCUGGUGGCCGUCACUCUGACUGUACCCGUGGUCUUGUUUCCUAUCCGUCGUGCCCUCCUGCAGCUGCUGUUUCCAGGGAAGCCCUUCUACUGGCUCCGUCACAUCGCCAUCGCCAUGUGUCUGCUCUUUGUUGUCAACCUGCUGGUCAUCCUCGUUCCAAACAUUCGGGACAUCUUUGGCAUUACUGGGGCAACCACUGCUCCCAGUCUGAUCUUCAUCCUUCCUGGACUGUUCUACAUUCGCAUCAUCCCCACUGACCAGGAGCCCUUGAACUCAAGACCAAAGAUUCAGGCUGCGUGUUUCACAGCGCUGGGUUUCAUAUUCAUGAUCAUGAGCAUGACGUUCAUCGGGCUUGACUGGAUGAGUGGAGAAAAGCGAAAUCUCGGCAGCCACUAAAGUGUACCCCAAUACAGCAGCCCAGAUUCAACCUACUGCUACAAGGCUCAAGGCUUUUGUUGGACUGUUUUUAUUAAUCAUAAGGACAAUCCGUUCCUCCAGAGUGAUGAGAGGAGCCCAGUCUUGACCCACCCAGGUUGACAUAUACAGCGUCCCUCACAGGUGGUGUUCUUCUGUUCUACAUGAUGAGCUGACAAACAUGUUAACUAUGGAAGCCCUUCAAUCAUUCAAAGCUAUCUGUCUUAACAGAGGCUAAAUGUGGUGUAGAAUAACAGAAAUAUUAAAAACAUAUCUUUAAUUAAAAACUAAGUUCGAUAGAGAACAUUUAUUUGUUAUGUGCUUGAUAAAAAUACAUGCGAGAGUAUGAGGUUAUUAAAUAAAUUCCCUUCAAUUGAUGUAUUGUGCACUGUGAGUCUGCAGAACAGUAUUUGGUAAAUUGGUCAAAUUUUUUAUUUUGGUUUACAUCAGCGAAAAGUCAGACAUGACGUGUAUACAACUGUGAACCAAUUCGUUUUGUGAUUCAUUUGUGAAUUUAUUCUGGAUAGCAUAUGUGGAUAUUGUUUAAUAAAAAUUCACAAAAGAUUGAA